CAAAACAACUUAGUCCCACCCCCCUCACCACACAAACCCAUUUCCUCCUCCUCCCCCUUCUAUGCCAUAGUGUUUGAAAGGGGUUGAAACUCUGUCUCAGAGCAGAACGGGAAAAGAAAUGGCUGCCUCACUGCAAGCAGCGGCCACCUUCAUGCAACCCACCAAGCUGGCUGUUCCAGGCCGGACCAGCGUGCAGCUGAGGCCUUCUCAGGGCUUGUGCAAGGCCUUUGGGGCUGAGCAGGGCACUGCCAGGUUCGCUUGCUCUCUGCAGGCUGACCUCAGAGGCUUGGCCCAGAAAUGUGCCGAUGCUGCCAAGGUUGCUGGAUUUGCUCUUGCCACUUCUGCUCUUGUCGUCUCGGGAGCAAGUGCUGAGGGAGUACCAAAACGUCUGACCUAUGAUGAAAUUCAGAGCAAGACAUACGUAGAAGUGAAAGGAACUGGAACUGCAAACCAGUGCCCAACAAUUGAAGGCGGUGUUAACAAAUUCGCCUUCAAGACAGGCAAAUACAACAUGAAGAAAUUCUGCUUGGAACCCACAUCAUUCACCGUGAAGGCUGAGGGUGUGGGCAAGAAUGCCCCCCCUGAGUUCCAAAAGACCAAGCUCAUGACCCGUUUAACCUACACCCUCGACGAGAUUGAGGGGCCUUUCGAAGUAUCACCUGAUGGCACAGUUAAGUUUGAGGAGAAGGAUGGAAUCGACUAUGCUGCUGUCACUGUUCAACUGCCAGGGGGUGAGCGUGUGCCCUUUCUCUUCACCAUCAAGCAGCUGGUAGCAUCUGGCAAACCAGAGAGCUUUGGUGGAGAGUUUCUGGUGCCAUCAUACCGGGGUUCAUCUUUCUUGGACCCAAAGGGAAGAGGUGGAUCUACAGGUUAUGACAAUGCAGUUGCACUGCCAGCAGGAGGGAGAGGAGAUGAAGAGGAACUCACUAAGGAGAACAUAAAGAACACUUCGUCAUCAACAGGGAAGAUCACCCUGAGUGUCACCAAUAGCAAGCCUGAAAGUGGAGAGGUGAUUGGAGUGUUUGAGAGCAUUCAGCCAUCUGACACCGAUUUGGGAGCAAAGGCUCCAAAGGAUGUGAAGAUCCAGGGAAUCUGGUAUGCUCAGCUCGAGUCAUAAUUAAGGCCUUUCUUAACUUCAAUGAAGUCUUCAUGAACUUUACUGUAACCUUGUGAGAAAUAUUGAGAUUAUUAUCAUGUCUGUAUAUUAUCAUGCAUGGCUUCUUGCAACAA